ACUGUCCAGUAGCACCACCGGUGGCUGCUGUUCCAGGGUUACUGGCACAUCUCAUAAAAGAAAGAAAAUAAAGAAAAUAAAGAAAACAAACAAAGAGCUUUUGAUUCUGAUUCCUUUGUUACCUUGCUAAUUAGUGUGAUUUUUAUUUUUGCAUUUCCAGUGAAGAGGCCCCUUGGUGUGAAAAAAAAAGAAAGAGAAAAUGAUCACCAUGCUUUGCACCGUUUUUCUUUCCCUGACCCUGGCCUGCAGUGUGUACAGCGAGACCAACAGCCCUGCUUCUCCACCAGCCUACACAGCAAAGACUGAACUAGGUGAUCAGAACCGGGUGUUUGCCAGCCGUGGCUCCAACGUCACUCUACCAUGCCGGCUCCACCGCCAGCAUGGGAUGUCCUUCGGCAGCGUGGGCAUGAGAAUCAAGUGGACCAAGCUGUCUGCAGACGAGUCUCUGGAGGAGGAUGUGCUAGUGUCCAUGGGCUUCCACAAAAAGAGCUACGACAGCUUCCAGGGUCGCGUCCACCUGCAGGAAGCCGACGAUGACGACGCCUCGCUGGUCCUUAGCGACGUGUCCCUAGCUGACGUGGGAAAGUUCCGUUGUGAGGUCAUUGAUGGCAUUGAUGAUGUCAUCCAUGAGGUUACCUUGGAGGUGCAAGGUAGUGUAGGCUACAGCGAUGGUGUGGUGUUCCCUUACUCCCCACGGCUGGGCCGAUACAACCUCAACUUCCACGAUGCCGAGCAGGCUUGCUUGGACCAGGACUCUGUGGUGGCCUCCUUUGACCAGCUCUACGAGGCCUGGAGGAGUGGCAUGGACUGGUGCAAUGCCGGCUGGCUGAACGACGGGUCCGUGCAGUACCCCGUCACCAAACCUAGAGGGCCCUGUGGAGGUGCCAAUGCCAGGGCAGGCCUGAGGAACUACGGCCAGCGUGAAAAGUCCAAGAGCCACUAUGAUGUCUUCUGCUUCACCUCUGGCCUCAAGGGUCGUCUCUACUGGCUGGUGCAACCCGACAAGCUGACCUUCACAGAGGCUGUUCAGGCGUGCCAGGAUGACGGGGCUGAGAUCGCCAAUGUUGCCCAGAUGUACGCUGCCUGGAAGCUGAACGGUUAUGACCGCUGCGACUCUGGCUGGCUGGCUGACGGCAGCGUCCGCUACCCCAUCUCCAGACCCCGCAGGAACUGCAGCCCAACAGAGGCGGCCGUGCGCUUUGUGGGAUUCCCUGACAAGAAGCAAAAGCUCUUUGGUGUCUACUGCUUCAAGGGCCAGCAGUGAAGAGGGAAUGCCAGGACUUAGCCCUGUGCACAAAACCAACUUAACCACCAAAGAAAAAUAAUGACAACAACACCAAUAACACCAAUACAUGUCGGGAAUUAAUUCGCAUGAACUAGCAUGACCUUACCAAAACUGUGCUCAUUUUUUUUAUUCUUACAAACUAUGAAUAUUGUAAAAACUCAUUUUCAUACUGCAAUGACCUAAAUAUAUUUUGUAAGCUGAAACAAGAGUUAUUCCUCGUCAUGUAAUAACACAGCACCAUGGUUGAAAUUGUGACAGAGACAAGGCCUGGAUGAGUUACAUCAUCUUCGUUUGUUUUGUCCUCCACAAAUUGAGUGUGUGAAGAAAUAAUGAUUGGAGCGUUUAUGCUCUAUUUGGCCAGGGAAUGCUUUUGAAGUUUCAAAAAAUGAAAAAAAUUGUCUGUGACAAAAUGCAUCAGGUCUAACUAACAUGCAUAUCAAGCAAUUUAGGGACUAAAUUUCAUUAACAUAAUAACCACAGUUUGACAAUGGAAGUUCUGUUUUCAGUAACACUUGCACAGUAAUGCUACCACAAACUACGACAGACAAAAAACAAAAACAACAACAACAACAAAAUCAAAUUUCAAUCCCCAUCUCAAGUGAAUCUUCAUCUAACAUUUGACAAAGGAGAUUCAAGUCAGCAAGCUAACUUUCCUGUAUGUCCUAAAACGAUAAACCACACCCAUAGAAAAAAUGGUUCCAAAAGGGUUCUUUGGCUGUCCCCAUAGGAGAACCCUUUUUUAGUUCUAGGUAGAACUAUUUUGUGUUCAAUGUAGAACUCUAUGGGGAAAGGGUUCUACGUGGAACCCAAUAGGGUUCUUCCUGGAACCAAAAAUGGAUCUUCAAAGUGUUCUCCUAUGGGACAGCUGAAGAAUCAUUUUAGGUUCUAGAUGGCACCUUUUUAUCUAAGAGUGUAUUGUUCCAAAGUUUUUAAAAGUUUCAGAAAAAUGUGUCUACUCAUAGACCCUUGUCCCUUCACUUUGCAAGUGUUACUUUAAUAAUGCAUGUCUCUCCUCAACAUCUAAAUACUCCCCCCUCUUACUAAGAAACCUCCGGGGUACUUUUCAACUUUAUGAACUGUGAUCCGAUCUGUUAACAUUUCUGUUUAAAGCAUAGCAUGAAUGUAUGUGUCCCGGACUGUCACUCCUCUUCAUAGAUAGUUUAGAUCAAUAGAUCUAAGUCAUAAGUCAUACUGAGCAAUUAUUGUAACUAAUAUAACCUGUUUUGUUAUUCUUUACAAAGUGUUUGUAUUGCCUUUUUCUAAUGUUAUUUUUAUGUCACUAUGUGUGGCAUAUUGCUUCGUCAAAUUGUUUUUAAGAAUUUUUUUGUAACUCUUUUGAGAGAAUCUUAAUAUGUACUCCCCACACUUGCCCCUCACCCAAACCUUACUUAGUGUACAGUAUUAUAUUGGACAAAAUUCUCAGAUUGAAAUCGCUACAAUUCCUAGGUAUAAUUUCAGCUAAAUUUCAGUGAAGGAAAAAUCUCAACGUACCAUAGUGUUGAUUGUACGGCAUCACAUAAGAGGCAUCCACUUUGAGAGUUUCCAAUUGGAGAAAAAAAAACGUAAACAAUGUUGAACAGUUUUUGUCUUCAAAUCAAUGAAACGCAGGGUCUGACUUAAAUCCUGACUCGAAGAAGUUGGUCCAGUCCAGUCCAGUCCAAAAAAUCACAAAGUAUUUGCUACCAAUUUUAACUCAGACUUGAGAUUAGCCUCUUCUGAAGUUAAUACUGGAACGAUAAUAUCCAAGGGCAGUAACCAGAUUAAUUGUAUAUAAAGUGCAUAUAAAGUGGUAAAUAAAGAGAGUGAUUAGAAAUACCACGUGACUUCUAUGUCUCCAUAUUAUGUUAAAUGUUUUAGUGUUCCCUCAGAAUUACUACACUAAAAUGGUCCCAUUGGAUAAGCAGGAGGUUGACAACUGAGAUGUGUGUUGACUAUAGCCAUAACCACUAGCCUAGUGGAGACAAUACUGGUCAGUAAAACUGAAUAUACAAAUGGAGAAGGUGAUCUUUAUUUUCUUUUUGUGUUGCAUUUAGGCUUACCUUUCUCUCACUCUCCUAGAUGGCAUUGACACAGUAGCAUGUGGUUAUUUGAUUGAACCUGGUUUACUAACUGCAGUCACAUAAAAAAGAAACAGACUUUUCUAAAGCAUGAUACACAUAAUUGGUGUUUUUCACAUUUGUGUUACCUUUGUAUGUACACAUCCCUUGGUGGAGGUGUUUUUUGUUUUCUAAUGCCAUUUACCAUUUUGAACAUAAGACCAAACUGAAAAUAAAGACUUGGUAAUAAACUUUUGACACUGA